AUGUUGUUUUCUCUGGAAAAAGCUGCGGCAGUAGCUGCCUUCCUUACGGCUUUGCCAGUUCAAGCUGUCCCUUUCCCUCUAGAAGAGCGAAGUAAUAGUUGUAAUGCGGAUAAUCUUCUUCGGCUCCUGCGUACUCCUUCCAAUCUACCAGAGGCGCUCCCAUUCUGCAGCAGUUAUUUGAACCUGCCAGCGUCGACGGUGACGGUAUCGACCGUGACACCGACUGCUACAUCAUACACUACCAAUCUCAGCAAUCAAACUAUUCUUUUCACCGAAAAUCCAAUCUUUUCUUUGACAAUUACGUCCACGGAGACAUCGGUGAUUGUGACUACAACCACGCUCACACUUAACGCUCAGGCACCAGCCCGCCUUGCCCGCCGCGCCGCUUCAACGAAGACCACGACUACUUUUGUCGACAAGGUGACAGGGACGACAUAUCCGCCAUCUCGGAUUUCCAGCGCCUGCGCGUGCCUUACCAUUCCAAUUGACGUCACUGAAGUCACUGCUACCGCUCCUGAAGUCACCGAGACCAUCACAUUGUCGUCGACUUCAGUUACUAGCUCGACUGUUACCCUCACUUUGACUGAGUCAACCUCUGUGACUGAAACUUCCACAGUUUACUCCACCGUCACAUCUACAACUACCAAUGCCCCUCUGAUACCAACAGCGUACGCCUUGAAGGUCGUUGCUCCCGGAACACAAGAUGACGGCCUCUACGUCUACAAUAGAAAUGAAAAUGCCAAUAACAACGGAAUAGGUGCUUCUCAAUCCUUCCCAAUCACCACAGACCUUACAAAAGCCACAAAGUUCACCAUUAGCCCCGACGGCGCACUCAGAAUCGCUGUUUCAAGCACACUUUUUACAAGUUCAGUAGUGGGCCAAGAAUCAGCUGAUUGGGUCCAUUUCAACCAUCCAAAUAUUCCUUUCGAGGCUCUAUAUGCCAACAAGCGCGCUUCGAUAGAUGGGUGUACCAACUGUUACGUUGUUAAGUGGAAUGUAAAUCCUGUCACUGGAUUUUGCACACCUUCGAACGCUGGCUCGAAGCCGAUUACUGUCUGCAAUUUCCCGGCUGCUGGAUAUGGGCGUGGGCUCUAUGUUGGUUCGAGUUCGGCGACUGUUUAUGCUUGUGUCACGAUCGAUCUUCGAGUGGUUCCUCUUUAUUAA